UGAGCGGAGCUUACUCUUGUUUACAGCAGUGAUUCUACGGACUGGAGACCGAAAACGAGGGCCAGUGAUAGGAUUGCUGCUUACUUGAGCUAUACGGGAAAACAAAAAAAUACACAUCAUCACCCAUAAAUGGCUCACAGGACAUAACGGAAGCUUGAGUUUGGUGCAAGUAUACCAUACUACACCCCAACCGAAGCUCUUAAACUUGAUAGUCUACUGUUGCGUGGCAUAAGUCUUUUUUUCAGCCGCAAAGGAGACGAUUGACUGCGUUAACAGCGAAAACAGACAGUGCAGGGGGCGGGAGAAAAGGGGGGUGAGAUUGGUGAAACAAUUUCUGCUGUGGAGGAUAUUUUGGAUUGCGCCCUGUUGGAAAGGCUCAUUGAACGGAGUUACGUUCUCAUUCAUUUCCAUUCUCAGCCACCACCCUGUGGAACUGGCCGUAGAUUCUCCUUCUAAUUCUCAUCACUCAGACGGAAAUGAAUGAUAGAAGAUUGGAAUUCCCUUUGGUCUACUACAAGUGAACGUUGUUCGAUUGCGAGUCAUAAAAACUCCUGCGCACAAUUACUGGGGUUUCAAGAAAUGGAGACUGAGGAUGCGGAUUACCAUCAUCUGUCGAGUGAAAUCAGUGGCACGAAUGUCUUGCCAGCAAUCCUUAAAUCAUUGUGUCGUUGGCAAGAAUAACGAAUUGUUUUAAUUUAUUUAAUCUUAUAUACAUUUUUAAUAUAUAGGCCUAGGCUAUAUAUAAUUCCAUCAAAACUUGGAAAAAUAGUAGGUUAUACUCUGAACACGAAUUUGUAUCGACCUGUCAAACAGUGUAGCAUAUUUGCUGGACCACGUUUUUUUUUCUUUUUUACUUUUUGUGAACUCGGUGGCAUCAUCUCCCCUUUCCACUAUUUUGGAAUUAAGUUAUUUGCUUUUUAGAGAGGUGAAUAAUUAAUUGAUCAGGAAUGAGAUCUGGGACAGAGAGGAAUACUUUGACCUUGUUUUGGGGUCUGAUGCUAUUUGUCUCCACUAUCUGCCUAUGGACCGCAAAUGGAGAAAUCUGUGGUCCAAGUAUUGACAUACGUAAUGACAUCAGUGAGUUCAAGCGUCUGGAGAACUGCACGGUGGUGGAGGGCUUCCUGCAGAUCCUCCUCAUCGGAGACAAGACCAACAACCUCAACCAGGAGCUCUUCCGCUCCCUCAGCUUCCCCAAGCUGACCGUCAUCACCGACUACCUGCUCCUGUUCCGCGUCUCCGGCCUGGACAGCCUCAGCACGCUCUUCCCCAACCUCAACGUCAUCCACGGACGCAACCUCUUCUACAACUAUGCCCUGGUUAUCUUUGAGAUGACCAGUCUGAAGGACAUCGGCCUGUACAACCUGAGGAACAUCACGCGAGGGGCCAUCCGGAUCGAGAAGAACCCGGAGCUCUGCUACCUGGACUCUGUGGACUGGUCUCUCAUCAUGGACGCAGAGUUCAACAACUUCAUUGCGGGGAACAAGCAGUCCAAGGAGUGUGGUGAUGUGUGUCCAGGCAUCACGGAGGACAACGCUCAGUGCAUCAAGACCAGCUUUAACGGCAACUUUAACUCUCGCUGCUGGACAUCCAACCACUGCCAGAAAGUGUGCCCAGAGAAGAAGUGUGAGCGGCGGGCAUGUACGGACGGUGGUGAGUGUUGCCAUGCCCAGUGCCUGGGAAGCUGUACGGAGCCGGACGACGACAUGGCCUGCGCAGCCUGCCUGCACUACUACCACGAGGGCCGCUGCGUGCAGGACUGCCCUCAAGACACUUACAAGUUUGAGGGCUGGCGCUGCAUUACCAUGGACCUGUGUGAACAUGUGCACCUGGCCGGUGACUUUCACUUUGUCAUCCACGGAGGGGAGUGCAUGCCUGAGUGUCCAUCAGGCUUCACACGCAAUGAGAGCAAUAAUCACAGUAUGUUCUGCAGUGCCUGUGAUGGCUUGUGUGAUAAGAUCUGCGACUCCAAGACCAUCGACUCAGUGGAUUCUGCUCAGUCUCUAAUGGGCUGCACAGUCAUCAAAGGCAACCUGCAAAUCAACAUCCGCCGCGGCAAUAACAUCGCCUCAGAGCUGGAGAGCUUCAUGGGGCUGAUCCAGACAGUGACAGGCUACGUGAGGAUCCGCCACUCCCACACGCUAGGCUCGCUCUCCUUCCUCAAGAGCCUGCGCUACAUCAACGGGGAGGAGCUCAUGGAAGGGAUGUAUGCUUUUUCUGCCAUUGACAACCAGCGCCUGCAGUACCUGUGGGACUGGACCCAACAUAACCUGACCAUCAGGGCUGGGAGGCUGUCCUUCCGCUUCAACCCCAAACUGUGCAUGUCUGAGAUCCACAAUAUGUGGGAGAAGACGGACAUCACUGAGAAGUUUGAGGAGGGCGAUUUCCGCAACAAUGGAGACAGAGCAAGCUGUGAGAGUCAUAUCCUGAAGUUCAAGUCCAAUAGCACGAUGAGUAACCGGAUCAAGCUGACUUGGGAGCGCUACCGACCACCAGACUACAGAGACCUCAUCAGCUUCAUCGUCUACUACAAGGAAGCACCGCACCAGAAUAUCACAGAGUUUGAUGGCCAGGACGGGUGUGGCUCCAACAGUUGGAACAUGGUUGAUGUGGACCUACCGCAAGACAAAGAGAUAGACCCUGGUGUGCUGCUGUCCCCACUGAAGCCCUGGACCCAAUACGCCAUCUUUGUCAAGGCCAUCACCCUGGUGGUGGAGGACAAACACAUCCCUGGAGCCAAGAGUGACGUGGUCUAUAUACGCACCAGCCCCUCAGAGCCGUCUAUGCCAAUGGAUACCCGGGCGUAUUCCAACUCGUCCUCCAAGCUGGUGGUGAAAUGGUCGCCUCCCCUCAACCCUAACGGCAAUCUCACUUUUUACCUGAUCCGCUGGCAGCAGCAAGCUGAAGACAAGGAGCUGUACCAACACAACUACUGCUCCAAAGAGCUGAAGAUCCCCAUUAGAAUCUCAGCCACGGGGUUGGCAGACAUGGAGGAGGACACCAAGCCCACCAAGCCUGACCUGUCUGGGGGGGACAAGGGCCCCUGCUGCCCCUGCCCCAAAACCAAGGAGGACCUGAAGGCAGAGAUAGACGACGCCUCCUACCGCAAAGUCUUUGAGAACUUCCUGCACAACUCCAUCUUCACCCCCAGGCCCCCAGACCGGCGGCGUAGGGAUCUAUUUGGGGUGGCAAACAGCACUUUGGCGCGGGGUGGCAACACCACAGGCCUGGAGGGUAAUGGGACAGACGGAGAAUCCCCCGAGAGGGAGUUCCCCUUCAUGGAGGACCGGAGCAAGACAGAGUUUAUAGAGAUCGUCAACCUACAGCCCUUCACUGUCUACCGCAUCGACAUCCACGCCUGUAACCAGGAGGUCCACCGCUGCAGUGCUGGAGCCUUCGUGUUUUCCAGGACCAAACCUGCAGACAAAGCGGAUGACAUGCCAGGCACGGUGAAUCAGGAGAGGGAUGAGAAGGUGGAGGGGUCGGUGCUGCUGAGGUGGCCGGAGCCUGUCAACCCCAACGGUCUCAUCCUGAUGUAUGAGAUUAAGUUUCGCCAAAGCACCGAGCCUGAGAAACAUGAGUGUGUGUCACGCCAGCACUACAGAGUGCACAAAGGAGCUCGUCUGACCAACCUGGGCUCUGGGAACUACUCUGCUCGCGUGCGUGCCACCUCCCUGGCAGGAAACGGGUCCUGGACUGAGCCAGUGUCCUUCUACGUGACCCCACGCACACGGGACUACGACAUCACGUUCUAUCUGGUCAUCAUCAUCCCCAUCAUAGUGAUAAUCCUUAUUGCCAGCCUCAUCACGGCACUCUUUUUUAUCAACAAAAAAAGGAACAGUGACAGGCUGGGGAAUGGUGUCCUCUAUGCUUCUGUCAACCCUGAGUACUUCAGUGCUGCUGAGAUGUAUGUUCCAGAUGAGUGGGAGGUGGCCAGGGAAAAGAUCACCAUGCACAAGGAGUUGGGCCAGGGUUCCUUUGGCAUGGUGUACGAGGGCCUCGCUAAGGGCGUGGUUAAAGACGACCCAGAGACGCGCGUGGCCAUCAAGACGGUCAACGAGUCAGCCAGCAUGAGGGAGAGGAUAGAGUUCCUCAAUGAGGCUUCCGUCAUGAAGGAGUUCAACUGUUACCACGUGGUGCGUCUGCUGGGCGUGGUCUCUCAGGGACAGCCCACCUUGGUGAUAAUGGAGCUGAUGACCCGUGGAGACCUGAAGAGUCACCUGCGCUCUCUCCGUAAAGAGAACACGUCCAGCCAGGUUCUGCCCCCGCUGAAGAAGAUGAUCCAGAUGGCAGGGGAGAUUGCGGACGGCAUGGCAUACCUCAACGCCAACAAGUUCGUCCACAGAGACCUGGCUGCCAGGAACUGCAUGGUGGCGGAGGACUUCACCGUCAAGAUCGGAGACUUUGGCAUGACGCGAGACAUCUACGAGACGGAUUACUAUCGGAAAGGAGGGAAGGGCCUUCUGCCAGUCCGCUGGAUGUCCCCAGAGUCGCUGAAAGACGGAGUGUUCACCACAAACUCUGAUGUCUGGUCAUUUGGGGUGGUGCUGUGGGAGAUUUCUACCUUGUCUGAGCAGCCGUAUCAGGGCAUGUCCAACGAGCAGGUGCUGCGUUUCGUCAUGGAGGGAGGACUCCUGGACAAGCCUGACAACUGUCCUGACAUGCUGUUUGAGCUGAUGCGGAUGUGCUGGCAGUACAACCCCAAGAUGCGUCCCUCCUUCCUGGAGAUCAUCAACAGCCUCAAGGAGGAGCUGGAGCCUCCGUUCAGUGAGAUGAGCUUCUUCUUCAGCGAGGAGAACAAGCCCCCGGACACUGAGGAGCUGGACAUGGAGGUGGAGAACAUGAAGAACGUGCCACUGGACCCUGCACCCAGCAGACCCCCCACUGCUGUUCCUCUGCCCUCCCAGGGACCCAUGGGGGCCACAGGGGGCUCAGCGCCCCCUCCUCCCCAGCAGUUAUCCCCAAUGCAAUGCCCUUCUAAUACCCUGAAGGGACCUGGCUCUCCCUCCACCUCAGUCCCAGCUGCCUCUGUCUCGGCCUCCCCAGGCCUGGCCUUGGACAAGCACUCAGGACAGAUAUCAGCCAACGGGCCAGUGGUGGUGCUGCGGCCCAACUUUGAGGAUACACAAAACUACGCUCACAUGAACGGGGGGCGCAAGAAUGAGCGGGCGCUGCCACUGCCCCAGUCUUCAGCCUGCUGAUCCCCUCCUCCCCCCUCAGCCAGAUCACCCCACUCCUCCUCUUCUCACACAGGGUAACAUAAACUUCUCCCCUGCUUUAGUUAUGAUGGGGUGAUGGAUGAGUGAAUAAGUGACACAUUAUACUACUCUACUGCAGUAGGAGUCUUUCAUUUUUAAAUAAUAUUAUCAAGAUUUAUUAUUGAAUACCAAGACUGAGAAACAGCACAGAAACCUGCUAAAGCGUUUGGAGUAUGGUGGCUCAGAACGAACAACAACACUGGGAAGCUCUAGGGUUUACUUCUUGUUUAGUAUUUGUUACUUUAAAAACAUCAUUAAAGAAGGACAUCAUCAAUAUUCCCUGACUGACAGGUAUUAUAAGUGAGAGACAAUAACUUUAAAAAAGAAUUUGAAGCAUAUCUGCUAGAAAAUCCAACAGACGAGCCCAUUUAGAUCAUUUCUGAGAGAAUAAUGUGUAUCUCUGAGUGUGUUUAUACUGCCUUCGGAAAGUAUUCAGACCCCUUGACUUUUUCCACAUUUUGUUACAUUACAGCCUUAUUCUAAGAUAUUUUUUACCCUAUAAUGACAAAGCAAAAAUAGAUUUUGCAAGUAUUCCUGGUCUUUGUUAUGAGACUCGAAAUUGAGCUCCGGUGCAUACUGUUUCCAUUGAUCAUCCUUGAGAUGUUUCUACAACUUGAUUGGAGUCCACGAGUGGUAAAUUAAAUUGAUUGGACAUGAUUUGGAAAGGCACACACCUGUCUAUAUAAGGUCCCACAGUUGACAGUGCACGUCAGAGCAAAAACCAAGCCAUAAGGUCGAAGGAAUUGACCGUAGAGCUCCGAGACAAGAUCUGGGGAAGGGUACCAAAAAAAAUCUGCAGCAUUGAAGGUCCCCAAGAACACAGUGGCCUCCAUCAUUCUUAAAUGGAAGAAGUUUGGCAUCACCAAACCCGGCCAAACUAAGCAAUCGGAGGAGAAGGGUCUUGGUCAUGGAGGUGACCAAGAACCGGGUGGUCACUCUGACAGAGCUCCAAAGUUCCUCUGUGGAGAUAGGAGACAACCAUCUCUGCAGCACUCCAUCAGACAUUUAUGGUUGAGUGGCCAGACGGAAGCCACUCCUUAGUAAAAGGCACAUGACAGCUUGCCUGGAGUUUGCCAAAAGGCACCUAAAGGACUCUCAAACCAUGAGAAUCAAGAUUCUCUGGUCUGAUGAACCAAGAUUGAACUCUUUGGCCUGAAUGCCAAGGGUCAUGUCUGUUGGAAACCUGGUACCAUCGCUGCGGUGAAGGAUGUUUUUCAGCGGCAGGGAGACUAGUCAGGGUCAAGGCAAAGAUGAACGGAGCAAAGCACAGAGAGAUCCUUGAUGAAAACCUGCCCGGGAAAAGUCUAAGCACGCAGCCAAGACAACUCGGGAGUGGCUUUGGAACAAGUCUCUGAAUGUCUUUGAGUGGCCCAGCUAGAGCCCGACUUGAACCCGAUCGAACAUCUCUGGAGAGACCUGAAAAUACCUGUGCAGCGACGCUCCCCAUCCAACCUGACAGAUCUUGAGAGGAUCUGCAGAGAAGAAUGGGAGAAACUCCUCAAAUACAUUUGUACCAAGCUUUUAGCAUCAUACCCAAGAAUAAUUGAGGCUGUAAUCGCUGCCAAAGGUGCUUCAACAAAGUACUGAGUAAAGGAUCUGAAUACUUAUGUAAAUGUAAUUAAAUGUUUUCAUUUUUAAUAGAUUUGCUAAAAUGUCUAAAAAAUAGUUUUUGCUUUGUCAUUAGGGGUUAUUGUGUGUAGAUUGAUGAGGAUUUUUAAAAAUCCAUUUUAGAAUCAGGCUGUAACAUAACAAAAUGUGGAAAAAGCCAAGGGGUCCAAACACAUUCCAAAUGCACUGUAUUUCUAUACCAACACAUAAUUCUCUCGACAGCAAGAUAUAGCUCCUCUUACAAACCUAUUUUCAUCUGUAUACUUCUCCCACAUUUCAGACAUUGAUGUGUUCUGGACUAGGAUAAUUGGUUUUCCUGUAAAUAUUCCUGGAAUGAUUUCAGGAGUGGGUAGGGAUGAUAGAGGGAGGGCAAUUGUGAAUUGGACACAUUUUUUGCCAAAUCAAAGUUAGUAGUUUUCUCCUUCUUGCUCUUCAUUUGUCCUUUUGAUUUGACAUGGAGAGAAACAUAAUCAAGCAUCCUAAAAAACCCAAAUUGCUGUUUAUUUUGUUUUCUACUUCACAAUUACAAUCAAAUUGUAAAAGGAAUUUGCCUGUUUUCUCUUGUUUUUUCCCCGAGUUACAUCAGAGCCCUUAUUGGAUUCCUCUUCUAUUGUAUGUGUCAUCUGAGAGAUGAAAACACCAACAUCACCAACAGAGACAUUGAGCAAAAAGGACUUGGCGCCAAAAAUGCAACACAUACAGAAACAUACCUGAAGUGGAAGGUAUUGGAUCAGUUCUAAUACAAGGAGAACUAAAGGACUCAACAGAACUUCACCUUGUGACUAUACAUACGUCUGCUAAAAGCAUGCGAGGCAUUGUACGCAGCAGAUCUUUUAUAGACUCGUCAUUAGUCUCUCUGUACAAUUCAAACAUUUAUAUAAAGGUCUUACAGUUGUAUGUUAGACCUUAGGAUCAUUUUCACACACAUCAUUGGUUUGUCACUUUUAUAACUUUUGUACUGUUCAGAUGUUCACCUGUACAGAAUGAAGCUGCUAUUUUAUUAUUUUUCUUUUUUAGAUGUUAUAUAUAUAUAUAUAUAUAAAGAAAUUCUUCAGGUUUAAUAGUUUAUGAUCUCCACUACAGUCCAUUUCUUAUGCGUCAUACUUCUCCAAGCAAAGAAAAUGAUAAUUUAGAUAUAAAAUGACUUUUCUCUCUUCUUUACCCCAGAAGGUUGUCUGUAUCACCACAUAUUCUCCAUUGCCUUUAACUUUUUUAUGAACAUGUUUUCCUUUGCAUUCUUUUUUUGUAGAUUUCUAUAUUAUUAUUGUUAUUAUUAUUAUUAGUUUGAAUGGACACCUUAGCUCCAUGUGUGAGCGUGUACGUUUGUCACCCUUCUUGUACCAGUUGUCUAGCACUGCGCCCAGUUAUUCCCCCCUAGGUGCAACUCAAUCUCAGGUCGAAGUAAAGGUUUUGCUUUCUCCAUACAUUCUCAUUACUGUCCUCUGCUUGUUUCACCUCUGUCGAGUCCAAUAGUGCCCUCUCCCCUCCCCUCCAGCCCCACACUGAAAUGUACAGUAUACCUGCCUCCCCCAGUGCCUCCUUUUGAAGUCAGGAUUAGUUACACAGGACCUUCUUUUUUUCUACUGCAUCUGGUGUUUUAACCCAUCCAUUUUCCUGCCUCUCAAUUAAUAGGGCUAAUUGGGUUGUCUUGUUUGCCUUAAUUAUCCCAACCACUCACCAUCCCCUCAAAGAACACUCAUCCAUAAUCAUGGUUCUCUUUUUGUGUCUUAGAUUUCAAACGCAGCAUUACUGCUUAUUCUCCUUUAUCAUUCGAUUCAUUUCUGCUGUCAUACUCAUUCUCUUAUGAUGAAAGUGAAAACAGUUUCUGUUGUUAUUCUCCUUAAACAUGGCAUCUGUAAACCAAAUAAGGAUGGGUUAAAGUCCAGGGAAGUGGUCACAUUUCAAUGUCAUGAAUGGAAUAGGUGUUAGUGGGGGUGUCGGUAUGAAAAAUGUUUUUGAAGCACUUAUCCUUUUGAAAAAGUGUUGCUUGGUGAUUAUUUUUUCCUUCUUUGAAGGUUCUCUGUAGGAUUGUUAUUUAUUUUUUUAUUUUCCUUUUGUGAUAUCAGUUUAAAUCACUGUAUAAAGGCCCCAUGAUUCAGUAUAAAGUUGGAUUUUUUUAUAUGUAUUUUCUUUGGUGUCAUGACUGGGGAUGUUUUUCUUUUUUUCCCUUCAAGUAUAUAUCUACCUCACUCUUUUAAAAUAUAUGUAUGUGUAUGAAAACAAAAGUACAUCUCACCUUUUCUCAUUAGUCUGUAUAAGGUAACCUCACAGUCCUCUGGAUCCGGGUAGACCUCAUUAUCAAUACACACCACACACACACCUAGGUUGGAGUGGAGAUGGGAUGUAGCUAGGGUGGUUCUAAUUCUAUUUAGUCCCAUAUGCUUAACGAUUUCUGUAUCAACUCAAUUUUCUGCUGGUCCAAAGAUUUUAAAUAGAAAAUAAAGUAUGUUGGUAGUUAACUGAAAGUAUGAGGAUUUUUAAUGUAUGUGGUACAGAUUAUGUUACAGGUUUUAUUUAAUAAAAGACAUUGUCUGGCCUGUAUUUCUCAGGAAAUGGCUUAAGUCCGACUCAUGGUUUGAGCGCUAACAUGCUAACCUGGUUACCUAAUAAUGCUAACUUAGAAUAACAUCAAAUGACUAUUGUGAUAGGAAGGGUUUACAGUAGGCUACACAAAGUCACAGUACAGUAUGUAUUGGUAGAGAGAAGGACACAGCCACCUCAGACAUCCAGGGCCAUAGCCAAGACAUUUUAAUAAAGUUGAAUCUCAUUUACUGCAUUUCUAUACAAUUUAAAAACUGUAAAUUUCUAUUUGGAGAACAGCAAAAACAACCAUUGUCAUAUUGGUUGCUGUAGCUUCAUUCACCUCAGUCGAUCUACAAAUACAUAGCCUACUAGUUAUACAAUUAGAUUAAAAACUAUAAUUGAAAAUGCACAGAGUUGUUUAGCAGAAAAAGUAUUUUAUUAACAAAGGUGAACAAAUAUGUUUGCUAUACAGAACUUUUUUUGUUGUUGCAGUUUUAUAGUUAAUUUCCUGCAAUUCUACACAUGACUUAUGCCAUGUUAAUAUGAUAUCGGAGUGAGAGUAACUAACAAAAUCAAUGGAGACCCCUUGGAGGUCUGGGCCCCUGGGUACGUGCACUGCGUUCCCGGUCAGUAAUUUGGCCAUGAUUACUACAAGUCUAGAUAGCUAAUGAGACUAAUUUACCAAUCUACAAUGUUUUCUGACAUGGGCUGAUUGAGUGACUGUCAGUGACAUAUAAACAAGAGAGAAACUGCUGAUGCACAGCCAAGUUUCAAAAUUGCACCUUAUGUAUUCUAUUAUUCUAACUCUCAACAGUAAGUUGAGAGUUCCUUUUUUGAAUUCAACAUAAUUACGGAGGUCUGGACCUCGGUGUCCUCAUAUGUAGCUACACCCUGCAGAAAUCCCAUCUCCCCUCCUCCGGAAACAAGGAUUUCACAACAAGAAAUCCUCAGAUCAUACAGCUGCCAAGAAGGGUGAAGAUGAACGAUAACUUCUUUAUUUUCAAUUGUAUCUAUGUAUUUAGGUAAAUUUCAAACAAAUCAGUAUGUUGGAGUCAAGCAAUUUUUUUAAAACAAAAAAUGGGAAACAUUGCAUUUAUCAUCUUUAAUCACUCAAGACAUUUUGCAAGACAGAAAUCCUUUGCUAUUGUAAUAUACUGUAUAUUGGAAAACAAGGUAGAUCAGAGGAUGUUUGGCUUUAGCCUGAAUUCUGGAUAACUAAACCACUACUGACAUCGAAACAACUCCUGUAGAAUGUUUGCCAACACUGGCUUUUGGUUUCAGCUUACACAUUUCUUCUUGUAAAAAUGGUUAUUGCUAAUAUCCUAUGUAAAGUACUGAUUUCCCCUAAAGUAAAACUGACGGCAGUUAUUUCUGUGAAACCCUCUUGGUGAAGACAACAUAAACCAUACUCACAUACUCCUACACUCAAUAGCCCCACAAGUUCUCAAAGUCAGUGCUACAAAUGCGAAAAUAUGCUUUGUCCCUUAUGUUGCUGGGAGCAGUUGAGUGUGGAAAUAACUGGCCUUAGAGAGAUAUUAGGUCGAUAUGGAGUAAUUGUGGUACAUGAAGGCAAACACAGGUUAAGACACCACAUACUCUGUCCUGGGAGGGAUGUCUCAAAGCAGACCAACUGUAGAAAGAACAUCUCCAGCCGUCUGCUGCUGCUCCACCUCCUCAUGCAUCUGACAGACAUGACACUGUUGGUUCCUCUGUACUCCUUCAUCAUCUAAUCUCUCCAUCCUAUCCACCUGCUCCUAAUGACUCACUUUUCUAAAUAGCACCUACAAAGCUCCCACAUUCAAAUAUUGUAGUAUUUUUUUUGUCCCCUGUUAAGAUUUUUUAACCCGUUCCAAUUGGCUUGGAAUAGACUUAAACUCUGAAUAGACUCAGAUGUUGAGGUAGUUGAUGUUAAUGUCCCUUCAUUGUAAUCUUCAUUAUUCUCCUCAUUGUGAUUAGUCUUUAGACUGCACCCCCUGCUUUCUCUAUUCUACUGCUGCUGAUAAUGGCGCUGCUUCAAUAAAGGGUGUCUCAAUCUGUGGGUGUAAAUCCUCUAAGACUGGGCCAAUAUCAAUGGAAGUGUUUGGAUUUAGACCUCACAUUCUCAUCAAAAGGUCUUUGUCAUUAAGGUUCAUAGAAAGGUGGAGCUCUGAUUUUGUAGAGAAAAAGACAAGUGGAGUUGUGGGCAUAUAAACAUGAUUCUGAUUUAUGGAGCGGAAUGGAGAAAGGUUUUUGGUUCACAGCUCAACAAAACCUGGAAGGCUUACGUGUUCAAUAUUUUGAAGUUAUACUUUUUUUAGGCUGUAAAACCGUGGGGGGUGGGGGGGGUUGCAGCAAAAGAGACUUGUUUGGAUGAAUGGCACAUUGGCAGAAACAAAUGGCUAUAUAUAUAUAUAUAUAUACCCUUCCAGAUUUUUAAGAAAUAAUUCAGAUCACAGUUUUUAACAAGGGCCCUGUGCUUCUGUUGUUGAGUACAGUAUAAUGGAUGGGAGUGUUUCACAUUUAGAUGUAUUGUUUCUAGUGUUGGUGUCUGUAAUGAUAAAAGAUAGAGACAUGUGAUAUUUAUUUCUUCUUUUUUUCAGUUAUCAAAAUGGGUUAAAGGGUUGGCCUGUUGCGAAGUGAUUAUUUGUUUUCUUGGAAUGCUGGCUGUGUUCCUUAGUUACCAGAAGGUUACAUACCUAUUAUAACCACAACUCAAGUAGAUACAUGGACAUAAAUAAUACAGGCAUGUCCAGUAGAUUACGGGUAGUCAUGGCAGAGAGUAAAUAGCAUGACUAGAGUUUUAAGAAGAGUUGUUUACAGUAGAGAAAUGGUUUCUUUUUGCAUUGCCAAUUUGCAAACAUGGAGAUAAGAUUGACUGAGAAGGUUGCAUUUCAAUUAUUAUUAAUAUAAUUGUAAUUGUAUUUUCUUCAGAAUGUUCUAUAUGCAAACCUCAGGUUUAUAGAAGAUGCAUCCAUGCAAUCAAAUCGCAAUAAUGAGCUUGAGGUUUAUCAGUAUAAUUUUUCAGGCACUGUUGUUCUGCUUUGCAUUCCGACAACUUCAAAAAGGGGCCUUGAUCUACUGAGAAGAUUUUACUUCGUUUUUAUUUACCUAUACUUUCACAAAAUCUGAAUCUCUAUGUCAUUUCAAUGAUUGGCAAAUAGAUUUGGUUAAACAGCUUGGCUAGACUCUGUCUUUUUGCAAGUUCUGUAUCUGAGGCCUCCUGGUUUUUCACACGUAUACGGUAGUUGAGAUGGUGUCUUUUUGACAAGCCAUUCUCUUAAUGUGUAUCUAUGAGAAUUUCUUGUAUUUUUUUCUUAAAAUUUGAAUAAAAAAGUGAAUGAGAAAGAUGA